AUGAACCCAGUAAACAUUGAGCCAUACAAGCUUCCGGCUGAUGCCACUUGGCUAGUCACUGGCUGUUCAUCCGGAAUUGGUCGCGAAAUUGCCACUUUGAUUGCAAGCAAGCCCAAUCAACGCAUCAUUGCCACUGCUCGAAACCAGGCCGAUCUCUCUUACCUUCCUGACAAUAAUCCUGAAGUCCUCAAGCUCACUUUGGACGUGACGUCUGUUGUUUCCGUGGAUGCGGCCUUCGCUGCAGCUGCGGAGCACUUUGGCGAAGAUUUCCAUCUCGAUGUCGUAGUCAACAACGCAGGGUACUCGCUCUCGGGUGAUACCGAAGGUGCAACGGAAGAAGAGAUGCACCAGGUGAUGGAAACUCUAUUUUUCGGUACUGUUCGCAUGACGACGCGCAGCAUUUCCGUGAUGCGGCAGGCUAAAGAUCGCCAAGGCGGUUUGAUUUUCCAAAUCUCGUCGCUUGCAGGAUUAUGUGCGUUCCCUGGUCAUGCUUUCUACCAUGCUGGGAAGUUUGCCGUGGAGGGAUUUUCGGAAUCUGUGGCUCGUGAAAUGCACCCCGAUUGGAAAAUCAACUUCUGUAUUGUUGAACCAAGUGGCGUGAAAACGAGCUUUGAAGGCCACAGCAAAGCCAACAUUCAACCUCAUCCCGCUUAUGCGGGAGAUGAUAUGCCGGCAAGAAAGCUUGAAAAGUAUGUGAGCGCUGGCAUGAAGCUCGGCGUUGGAAUGGAGCCUUCCGCAAUUGCCGAGGCCCUAUUCGCAAUCGCUAGCCGCGAAGAGUGCGUUCCGCUGCGGCUUCCUUUGGGUGCUGUUUCUUGGAAAAUGUCUAAGUCCAAGUUUGAGAGUUUGCUGGGAGACUUUGACGCUGUGAAGGACAUCAGUGCAAUGGGUCAGCAAAUCUAG